AUGACUAAGGACAACCACUCCUUGACAACUGAAUUUAUCCUCAUAGGAUUUACAGAUAACCCAAAUCUUAAGACCUUUUUGUUUUUUGUAUUUUUUGCCAUCUAUCUGGUCACCAUGGUGGGAAAUCUAGGGUUGGUGGCCUUGAUUUACAUGGAGCACCAUCUUCACACACCAAUGUACAUCUUCUUGGGCAACCUGGCUCUCAUGGAUUCCUUGUGUUCCUGUGCUGUCACUCCCAAGAUGCUAGAGAACUUGUUUUCUGAGGAAAGUAGGAUGUCCCUCUAUGAAUGCAUGGCACAGUUUUAUUUUCUCUGUCUUGCUGAGACUACAGACUGCUUUCUUCUCGCAGCAAUGGCUUAUGACCGCUAUGUGGCCAUAUGCAGACCACUGCAGUACCACACCCUGAUGUCAAAGAAACUCUGCAUUCAGAUGACCACAGGAGCCUACGUAGGUGGAAACCUGCAUCCCAUGGUUGAAGUAGGGCUUUUGUUAAGAUUGGCUUUUUGUGGAUCUCAUCAAAUCAAUCACUUCUUUUGUGAUGUCCUUCCAUUAUACAGACUCUCCUGUGUUGAUCCUUAUAUCAAUGAAUUGAUGUUAUUUAUCUUGGCAAGGUCAAUUCUCAUCUUUACUAUUGCCAUAGUUCUAAUCUCUUAUUUCUACAUCCUUUUCACUAUAUUCACAAUGAAAUCCAAAAAGGGAAGGGGCAAAGCUCUAUCUACUUGUGCAUCCCACUUUCUCUCUGUGUCAAUAUUCUAUGGUUCUCUGCUCUUCCUGUAUGCUCGAUCAAGUACAGUUAAUGAAGAGGAUAAAGAUAUACCGGUUGCUAUAUUUUAUACUCUAGUUGUUCCUUUGUUAAACCCUUUUGUUUAUACUCUAAGAAAUAAGGAAGUAAUAAAUAUUAUGAAAAGAAUUCUGAAGAAAGACUUUUGUAAUUCUCAAUAACAAAUAGAAUCU